GAAUUUAGUUAUCAGUUUGCGCAAAGAGAAAAAAUUGCUUUUGAUGUUUUUUUAAGCGUAAUAAUAUUUUGAAACGCAAUUACUCACCGGAUUUUAUCGCACACCAUACAAAGCUCAAUUAUCGAGCAAAAAAAAAUGGUAUGCAUUGCAAUUAUUCUAAUCAUCUCAAAAAACAAUGCACAUAUCAAUUUCUUUAUAUUCGUGUUGUCGCUGUUGCACAACAACCAUUGUUGAAUAUCAUAAUCGUUCUGUUUUAGUAUAUAGAUUGUGAGCAGGUACCGGGAGGUCUUCAUUAGAGAACGCGAUGACGAUUAAAGAACAUAUCCCGAGCAACGUGAUCAACGGCGUCUGCCUGAGGGUGGCCGAUCUGCAGGACAUGAUGAAGCAGGAUUCGAAGGAAAAGUCAAGCGAAAAACCUGAGAAAAAGAUACAGAAAAAAGGACAGAAAACCACGUACCAGCAGCCCAACAUGAUUGCUUUGCUUGUGGCAGAGUUCUUGGGAACAGCUCUGCUUUUGUUCUUAGGAUGCAUGGGCUGCAUCACCGGGUACGAGGAGACCUACAUCAGUCAUUACAUGCCUUCGAUCACCUUUGGUCUUACGAUCAUGAUCAUUAUCCAGAUUUUUGGACACAUCUCUGGUGCUCAUCUGAAUCCGGCCGUGACCCUCGUCAGUUACAUCUUCGGACAUCUCGAUCUGAAGACGGCUGGAAUCUACGUUGUCGGUCAAUUCGUAGGAGCAAUCUUCGGUUAUGCAGGUUUAAAACUGUUGGUACCAUCUGAAUACAUCGCAUCUCCAAUCUUGAUCAGCGAAAACGUAACGGCUUCCGGCUUCUGCGUGACGAAUACUCACGCCAAAACAUCCACCAUGCAGGGUUUGGCCAUUGAAACCGUGAUCACAGCUGUCUUGAUCCUGGUUUGUCUUGGAUUGUGGGACAGGAGGAAUGCACAGAAACAGGACUCAGUCCCACUUCGUUUCGGUUUCAUAAUUGCCGCACUCGCAAUGGCAGCGGGUCCAUUCACUGGUGCUAGUAUGAACACAGCCAGGAGUUUCGCACCGGCUUUAUUGAAUGGCGUUUGGACCAAUCAUUGGAUCUACUGGGUUGGACCUACACUGGGAGCCGUCAUAGCCGCCUACCUGUACAAGUUUUUGUACGCUAUUCCUGAUGAGGCGGAGAAUGAAGAUGAAUACGAUGAUAUUUCCUUGCAAAAGGUCGAUUCGAAUUGAUAAGAUUGAUUGUUAUUGAUGAAAGAUAUUUUUAUUGUACAGUUUAGAUAGUUAUUUAUUUAAUUGUGAUUUUAAUUAAAAAUAAAAACUUGAAAUAAAUUCUCUUCAAUUUUUGCUAC